AUGGCCUCCGACUGCUAUGUUGCCAUCUGCAAACCCCUGCACUACGGGACCCUGCUGAUCCUCAAGCUCUCCUGCUUAGAUGCCUACCUCAGGGAAGUUGGACUUCUUGUACUUAGUGUUUUAGUAGCAUUCAUCUGUUUUGUUUUCAUUGUGGUGUCCUAUGUGCAGAUCUUCAGGGCCGUGCUGAGGAUCCCCUCUGAGCAGGGACGCCACAAAGCCUUCUCCAUGUGCCUCCCUCACUUGGCUGUGGUCUCCCUGUUUGUCAGCACCGGCACCUUUGCCUACCUGAAGCCCCCCUCCAUCUCCUCCCCAUCCCUGGACCUGGUGCUGGCAGUUCUGUACUCAGUGGUGCCUCCAGCAGUGAACCCCCUCAUCUGCAGCAUGAGGAACCAGGAGCUUGAGGAUGCA